UUAUAUUUCACAUAUAUAGAGAGCAGUUACUUGAAAACAGUUUAUUCAGCACGUUAAAGAAAGAAAGAAAGAAAGAAAGAAUAAAUAAAAACAAUUCACCUCCGGUCCUGAUGGGGGCGAUAAAGUUCCCAGAUCCGUGUGAAAACGGACGCUGGACGGGAUGAAAGGUUGUAAACAUGGCGGCGGCCUUGGAGGAGGAUGAAAUUGAUAAUGAUGAUUACUAUUCUCUAUUAAACGUGCGGAGGGAGGCCACACAAGAAGAACUUAAGGCAUCGUAUCGGCGUCUUUGCAUGCUCUACCACCCUGAUAAACACAGAGAUCCUGAGCUGAAGAGACAGGCAGAGCAGCUUUUUAACCUGGUGCACCAAGCAUACGAAGUUCUAAGUGAUCCACAAUCCAGAGCUAUCUAUGAUAUUUAUGGGAAGAGAGGGCUGAGCGUGGAAGGAUGGGAGGUAGUGGAGAGGAAAAGAACCCCGUCUGAGAUCCGGGAAGAGUUUGAGCGCCUUCAGAGAGAGAGAGAGGAGAGAAGACUUCAGCAGAGGACCAACCCUAAGGGGACAAUCAGCGUGGGUGUGGAUGCCACAGACCUUUUUGAUCACUAUGAGGAAGAGUUCGAGGAACUCUCUGUUGGUGGCUUCCCCAACAUUGAGAUUAACAAGAUGCAUAUAUCUCAGUCCAUAGAGGCCCCUCUGACGACGUCAGACACGGCCAUUCUCUCUGGUUCUCUUUCGACACACAAUGGCAACGGCGGUGGAAACAUUAGCCUGGCUCUACGACGAGUGACGUCAGCGAAAGGCUGGGGAGAGGUUGAAUUAGGAGCAGGAGACACACACGGUCCUCUCUUUGGGUUGAAGAUUUUUCGCAACCUGACACCUCGCUGCUUCAUGACCACUCAGUGUGCAAUGCAGUUUUCGUCACGUGGUGUGCGUCCAGGUUUAACCACCGUGCUUGCACGCCACCUAGACAAGAACACAAUGGGCUACCUACAGUGGCGCUGGGGUGCUCAGUCUUCCAUGAACUCCAGUAUUGUGAGAGACACAAAGAGCAGCCACUUCACGUUUGCUGUUCAGUUGGGGAUCCCACAUACUUUCAUUAUGAUGAGCUACCAGUACAAAUUCCAAGAUGAUGACCAGACCAAGAUCAAGGGUUCUGUUAAAUCAGGCAUUUUCGGAACAGUGGUGGAGUAUGGUGCUGAGACGAAGAUCAGUCGACACAGUGUUCUCGGUGCUACCGUCAGUGUUGGAGUGCCGCAAGGUGUUUCCCUCAAGAUCAAGUUGAACAGAGCCAGCCAGACAUAUUUCUUUCCAAUCCACUUGACAGACCAGCUCCUUCCCAGUGCGGUGUUCUACGCCACUGUCGGACCUCUCGUAUUUUACUUGGCCAUCCAGCGGCUUGUUAUCAAGCCUUACAUGUGUGCGCAGAAGGAACAGGAACUGGAGAAGCAGCGGGAGAGUGCCUCGUCUGACAUUGCCAAGAAGAAGCAAGAGGCAGAGUCUGCAGUUCUGCUGAUGCAGGAGUCUGUGCGCAGGAUCAUUGAAGCUGAGGAGUCAAGAAUGGGCCUCAUCAUACUCAAUGCCUGGUAUGGAAAGUUUGUGACGGACAACAGUAGGAAGCAUGAAAGAGCGAGAGUCAUUGAUGUGACUGUACCUCUGCAGUGUCUGGUGAAAGACUCCAAACUCAUUCUCACAGAGGCCUCAAAGGCUGGCUUACCGGGCUUCUACGACCCCUGCGUGGGGGAGGAAAAGAGCCUGAAGGUGCUGUAUCAGUUCCGAGGCGUCAUGCACCAGGUUCUGUCUGGUGACGCAGAAGCACUCAGGAUACCAAAGCAGUCUCACAGAAUUGAUAAUGACACUUAGGAACCAUUAUCUGCAGGGCUAAAAGGGACAACUUGGACUGACGUAUAGGAGAAAUGGAUGUUAUAGUGACUUGGAUAUUCCCUGUGGCCUAAAAGCCAUUCACAUGCACUAUAGCCUUCAUUUUGUGAGUUUUAAUCUUUAAGUAAAAGGGCAUGUUUAAUGGAGUCCAGUGGAAAAUGCAUGAAUUUGUUGAAUCCCCAUUUGAAAAAACCUGUAUCUAAAAUCAGUACAAGCAAGAAUAUGCAAAGUAUUUGUUACUUUCUCUGUUAUUUUGGCCUCGUGUUUUUUUUUUGUUUUGUUGUUGUUGUUGGUUUUUAAGACAAAUUCCUCUUCCACAUAGGAAAAUGAUGGUUACGGUACUAACAUACGUACUGGAGGAUCUAAAGGAUCCCAACAGUACCUGUAUUCAGUCCUCAUCCGAGAGUGCUGUUUAACCCUGCUAUAAAGACAUCAGUGCAUGCUGCUGUAGCAAUCCACAGAAUCCCACUAAAAAGGGGGAAAGGAGUGUCCCAAGCAUCAGCAUUGCAGCAUACAAAUAUUAUUUAAAAUGGAAACACUGAAUAGUCCUAUACUGGUUAAGAAAUUAUAUCCUAGCCUCUAUGAUACUUGUGCUGGCCAAUCGUUAUAAAUUUUCACCCUACCAUUCUAUCUGAAGCUCAACUAACCCAGAGCUGAGAACUCAUCACCUGCCAUAUGAAACUGUUACAUGAAUAUAAAGCAUGGGGACAUUAUAAUCCAAAUUUUCCUUAAUGAUCGAACAAAUUGACACAUACCACUGGCUUUGACAUUCUGUGGCUGGAGAGACUGAUCUAAAAUUACACUAAAGAUGCACACUUAAAUAUCAAGUACAGUUAGGCAACCACACUGUUCUUAAACAACAUGACUGGUAAUAAAUAAUGGUGUGAAAUAUAAGCUUCCAUAAAAAGUCCUGUUUUAAUGCUACAUGGAGAAAAAGAAAUUCUCUCUUUUUCUCUGCUACCACAAGCCUUCAGAAACAGACCGAUGACUUCUGCAGUUGUUGGGAAGUUGGGGGAGAAAAGGACUGGUUGUGCAGCAUCUCUGUUUCUCUCUGAAAGUGUCUAUUAUCAGUACACACUCUGGACCUGUGCCAUGGGGUUGGGAGAUAUUAAUUAAAAUGAAAGCAAAAUGGUUUUAAAUGGUGUACUUUUUUUUUUUUGCAAUCAUUCAUGGACUAAUAGCUAUCCAUAGUCUCGAUUUUAUCCCUAAAUCUUGAAUUCCACAAUCUGGAUUAAAUACAACUUGACUGUGGAACGCUGCAAGUCCGAUUGUAUUCCAUAUGAAAGAAAGUGGUCGGAAUGACAUUAGCAAAAUCAUCCUCACAGUUUCAUCAGAAGGAAAAUCCACUCUUGGAAGACCUUAUCAAAGACUUGAUUUUAUUAGGUAUUAGUGUAUCAUCCAGAAACUGGUGCUGUGUGUUUCAUGAAUACUUUUCAACCAAUGUGUAAACUGCAUGUCAAACCAAAUGUGAGUGGCCUGUUUCCUUAGGUUUGCUGCUUUUCCUUUACUGCUUUUUAGUACACUGUAAGGCCAAAGGUUUGUGGACACCCGACCAUCACAUAUGUCCUAUAUGUGCUAUUUGAACAUCCCAUUCCAGAUUUAGUCCCCCUUUACUGUUAUAGUAACCUCCAUCUCCUUCUGGGAAGGAUUUUCACUAGAUUUUGGAAAAUGGCUGUGGGGAUUUGUGAUCAAUCAGCCACAAGAGCAUUAGUGGGGUCGGGCACUGAUGUCGGACGAGGAGGCCUGGGGUGCAAAUCAGCAUUCCAGUUCAAUGGGGUUGACGUCGGGGCUCUUUGCAAAGGACACUCGAGUUCUUCACCACCGGCCUUGGCAAACCACGCCUUUAUGGACAUCACUUUGUGCACAGGGGCAUUGUCAUGCUGGAGCAGGUUUAGGACCCUUAGUUCCAGUGAAGGGAAAUUGUAAUGCUACAGCACACAAAGAUGUUCUAGACAUCAUGUGCUUCAACUUUUUGGCAAAAGUUUGUGGAAGAUUUAGUUACAAAACGUUCACCUGUCCCAAUAGUCUUGUGUUUUUAAGCUGUUUUGCUAAGGGAGAUGGGUCGAGCAGGUUUAGUCUCAUUAAGG